ACAUGCUUAAGAAGAAGACUUGGCAUCUACUUAUCACUGUGUAUAAUUAGUAGAGUAUUUUUAUUUUUGUUUUUUAUUAAAAUAUAACUUCUAGUUUAACUUUGGCACAUUUUGUAAGCUGCGUUGAGUCCUCUCUCUACAGGUGCAAAGAAGGGAAAUAUAUUUAAAUUAAAUUAAGUUACAUAAUAAAAUAGUGCCUCUUGCCUUGAUAAGCCCAAAGAUUAAUACUGAAAAACAGAGCAAAGUUGUUGUUUUUUUUACUGCCUCUGAACCAAUUGAUUCAAACUGCAAGACAGAUUAUGACUAAACUUUAGGAAGAACUUUGUCAUGGUAAGAGUUUCUGGUAGUAGUAGGGACUGCCUCUGGAAGGUAGUGGGCUAUCCUCUGGGGCUUUUCAAAAGAGGUUGGGUGGCCACCUAUCCGAGUGGAUUCUGGCAUGGUCAGAAGAUCCUUUAGAUCCUGCCCAACAAUCUUAUUCUAUGAUUCUGGUAUCAUGGAUGUGUCUGUAGAUGUUUAAAUAAAGGCAGUUUCAGAUGCGUUUAUCUAAAGUAAUAUGGAAAUAAGGGAGAUUCAUUUUUUUCUUCUGGUCGCUAUACAUUCAAGAGCCAAGGCUGAGUGUGAUAGCAUCUCAAGCAAGAAUCUGAGGCCACCAGGAUCUUUUGUGCUAUUCUGAUCCUGAAUGCCCACCAGAUCUCUUUCUGACCCGCCAUGACUGUCACAUACACAGCCCGGGUGGCCAAUGCUCGCUUUGGUGGCUUCUACAAGUUGCUGACCCUCUGGCGUGGAAGCAUCUACAAGUUGCUCUACAAAGAGUUCCUGGUCUUCUCAACUUCGUACAUGGGACUCAGCCUUACUUAUCGCUAUGUCUUAAGUGAGGAUCGGAAACGAAUCUUUGAAAAGGUGGUCAUUUACUGCGACAACUAUGCCAAUCUCAUACCCGUCUCCUUUGUUCUCGGCUUCUACGUGACACUGGUGGUGAACCGCUGGUGGAGCCAGUACACCAGCAUGCCUAUGCCAGACCGCCUGAUGUGUGCUAUCUCUGGGAAUGUGCAUGGAGCUGAUGAGAAAGGGCGGCUCUACCGCCGAACACUCAUGCGGUACUGCAGUCUUUCCGCUGUCCUGAUCUUGCGCUCAGUCAGCACUGCUGUGUUCAAGCGCUUUCCCACUAUUGACCAUGUUGUGGAGGCAGGUUUCAUGACUCGGGAAGAACGCAAGAAAUUUGAGAAUUUUAACACUUCCUACAACAGAUACUGGAUUCCCUGUGUUUGGUUUACCAACUUAGCUGCCCAGGCACGCAAAGAAGGCCGCGUACGUGAUAACUGCGCUCUCAAGUUGCUUAUGGAGGAGUUGAAUAUCUUUCGUGGCAAAUGCAGCAUGCUCUACCACUAUGACUGGAUCAGUGUACCACUCGUCUACACUCAGGUGGUUACCAUUGCGGUGUACAGUUUCUUCGUUUCCUGUCUGAUUGGACGGCAAUUUCUUGAUCCAGACCAGGGUUAUAAAGGACACGACCUGGAUCUGUGGGUCCCUGUUUUUACUUUGCUGCAGUUCUUUUUCUACGUGGGAUGGCUCAAGGUGGCUGAGCAGCUCAUUAACCCUUUUGGGGAAGAUGAUGACGAUUUUGAAACCAACCUACUGAUUGACAGGAAUUUCCAGGUCUCUAUGAUGGCUGUGGAUGAGAUGUACGGGGACCUGCCUCUCCUGGAGAAAGAUCGGUAUUGGGAUGCCUCAAAUCCUAGAGCCCCAUACACAGCAGCCACUGUUUUUCUCUUGCAACAGCCGUCGUUCCAGGGCUCCACUUUUGACAUGACUUUACCAAAGGAAGACAUGCAGUUCCAGCCUCUUGAGGAGAUUGCCGAGGGCCUUGAACAUAACCGCCACGUUCCGGCCCACCUCUUGAACCGCCUGCUUUCUACAGGCCCCACACCUGGCGGCUUUGGACGUCGACUGUCUCUAUUGAGGCGCAAGAAUAGCAGUGUUUCUGAGGCAUCCACCACCUAUAGCUGCCUCUGUCAGGACACACAGACCACCGACUGCACUUGUGACCCUCCUGGGCAGCUUCUUCCAAACAUGAAUGUUAAUUUCCCCUCCGAGGGCGAGGGAGACCCUGGCCACGAGGCCACUGGAGUCCCACUCACAGAUGCCUACCCUGACCACUCUGAGGCCCAGACUGAGGUACUAGGUGACCGAGCUCAGGAGAAUGCCGUGGCUAAUCCCCAAGAUGCCAUAUCCCUUGUGGACAUGUCUGGUCAAGAAACAGCCAGUGAUGUGACACAGCCUCUGCUAGAUCACAACUCUUCAGAGUCUUCCUUGUUUCAUAGCCUGAAGGAAACCCCUGGUAAGGGGGCUCUUCCGCUAGCUAGCUACCCUCACUGGCUACAGAGCCCCAUUGAAGAGGAAAAUGUGGCAUGAGCUAGCAUAUCAGCCUCCACAGGUCUGAGUGGAGAUAACUAAUCAUAGUGGCACUGCCUAAUGCAGGGCACAAAACAGAGACAAAGACAUGAGAGUGGUGGAAACACUUUGCAGCUGCUGGGUAGGAUAAUUUGAACGAGUGAUCUUUUAAACACUAUAUUGUUCAUAUUGCCACAGGCCACCUAUGUUAGGUUUUUCAGCUACUCCUACUGCAUUGAUACAGCUGGGAAGACACCUGACUUCAUUGCAGUAUCAAUGGCUGAUCAUCUUAUAAGGAGUGAGAAGAAAUACUGUUACUGUCAUUUUAAUUUGUUCUUGUAUCUACAGACACUAGAUAUGAGCAAAGAGGGGUAGAUGUGGACCAUGAACUGUUUCUACAGGUACCCCUCUGUCACAAGCCCACCCAGGGCCAGUGGUGGUUAUAGUGUCUCGUUCUUUCCUCUUGUGCCAGUCAUCUGGGGAUGAGCAAGAAAACAAAACAGAGGAAGAUAUAGGGAAUAUUUCAUAUCCUUCUUUCUAAAUCUCCCUA